AUGAGUACUGCCUGCCAGCAAGAGCCCGGCUCGGGCGUGGUUGCCAUCGCUGCGCAAGGAAGCAGCUUUCACCAUCUAGCAGAGGAGACGCUCUCUGGCAUUCUAGUUGAUGUAGAUCCCAAAACCAUCCUGCGCAGUAGACGCGUUUGUGGGAGGUGGAGAGAAUGGAUCGACAGGUCAGAGCUGGUUUGGCGGAGCAUAGCAUUAUCAUGGGGUCUUAUAGACCAUCUUGCUGCGCCUCUUUGUGGUCAACCUCAGCUAAGCGUGUACGAAGCCCAAGCGUUGUCGAGCGCAAUGUCCUAUUUUGAAGGCAUCAAGUCUUUCAAGACACUCUGUUGCAGAUAUUUGACGCUCACAUUGACAUGGCAUACGCCGGCCGUGUUUCAAAAGCUAGCAAGCAAAGGCGAAGACCUUCAGGAACACAUGCCGUGCGGUCGAAUGAUUUUGAAAGGAUACGAAGAAGGCAAUGAGCAUCUCAUGCUUGUCGGCGAGCCGCCGAGCGUCCGCCUAAUCGCACGUGUCCCUGGAGCAGACAGGGUCAAUACCGACACGCGCAGCCCGCAAAAAUUCGCAGAACGUGGACAUCAGUGGCUCAACGAUUUUGACGGGCUAGAAGGCAACCUCCAUCCGACGAUUCCAAUGCAAGCGCUAGACAUCUUCUCCUUCGACGUUGAGUGGGCAAUAGUGGCUCGCGUAGACGCUGGCCUGGAGACGUGCAUCGAGGUCUGGAAUUUACAUCGCCAUAAGCCAGGGCUCAGCUGGUACCAGGCCUCUUGGGUCAAGAGCUUCAAUUUGUGUCUUCCCGAAGAUGCAGGACUUCCUCGCGCUGUCCGCUUGCGCUACCCUAUCUGCAUUGCAGCGCUACAAUACUCAGACGAUAGGGGGCUGUGUCAGAUAGUUGUCUUGGACAUCACCUCUCGGCGUACAUUGUCUAG